GACUGUCAAAAGUCUGUCACUCCUGUCUGAAUUACUACACUCAGUUUGAGAGUAAGAACACGCACAUCAACAACAAGAAAAGCAGCAGCAAUCAUGCCGACGCGAUCAACGGAUGAGUGGAUCCGGUUAUCCUUGCGCACACCGGGCAUCCUGAUCUUCGGGAUGGUCAUGGCUCCCUGCGGCUGGGUCCUGGACUUGACCGCAACUGUCGCCCCAAACUGGAGGACCCUCCACAACAUCCCCAACACUCCGCCCGACGAGUUCAUCCAGCAAGGCAUCUGGGACAUCUGUAGGGCCAACUCGAUCUCCCCGAGAGCGGAGUGCAACCUGGAGGACACCACAUACUUCGGCAACAAGAUCAUCGAGGUGGCACAGGGUUUGAUGGUAGCCUCCCUCAUCGUGACUCUAAUCGGGAUUGCCGUGGCCAUCCCGGGUGUCCGCUGCUGGAAAGACAGACCUAACUGGGUAGUGGCCGGCCUCGGCGGACUGCUGAUCUUCCUCUCAGGCGUCAUGACCAUCAUUCCCAUCGCCUGGUACACCCACAUCCUCCCCAACGUCACAACGGUGACCCCGCUCAUAGAUGUGCGCGUCGGCUACUGCAUCAUCCUGGGCUACAUCGGCGGGAUAUUUGAAGUCCUGGGUGGCUUCGUCAUGUUCAUCGGGAUCUGCCGUUGCUGCGGCGGAAAGAACCGAGGGGAGAGGCGGGUCGAAGAGGUCAUGGGCACACGGUUUAACCACCAGAAGCCGCCGCCGAGACCCGCUACUGUGCCGAGCCUGAACCGGGCCAGGAGCAGCGCCAGCAGCAGCGUCCCGUACUCCAAGGACUCCAUGGAUGAUGAUGUGUCCUUUCCCCGGGCCAAGAGCCCCGCUCGGACAGUCAACACCUCCUACGGCGAAAGACCCUAUGAUGCCGACCUAUGAGAAGCACAUCUCCCACAAUUGGAAUCACAGAUAAAACAGCCACAGGAAAAGGACAACAACUUGAAGAUGGACAUAUUAGCAAGAAAAACUGAGCGGAAAAUAUUCCAGGAAAAAAAAACAAAACAAUGGUAAUUACACAGUGACUUUAUAACGUCACAAAUCAAGACCACUGUAGUAAAACAAUAUUAUAGAUGAUUAAAGCAAAACUGCAAUCAUGUAUAAUAGUAUUUUUUAACUUGAACAAAUUAUAAAUUGUUGACUGAUUAUUGUGAGACCAUAAAGGAAUAUGUCAGUGAUUUAAAGAAAUCAAGUACCUUAAAUAUUAUGAAAUAGCUCUAAUCUCACGAUUAAGUGAAGCAGAAUGGUUUUAAACACCUUUUACAGUGUUUCAUGAGUGGGAUAGUAAUACUUGAAGGCAUACAUCUAUAAAAGAGUAACUGCCUGUGCUUAAUGCUUGAUUGACAGGGCCAUGGCUGCAAAUGUGGCUACAGAUGAGACUCAUUAUGGGCUUAGGUUUAUUAUGAUUGAUUGAAACAUCAUUGUAAUACAUUACAGAUGUGUGCCUCAAGCUGUACAGUCAUUGUCAUAAUGGUAGAGAUGAGAUGAAUAUUACAGUGGAAAGAGAUUGUUAUGAAGGAAGUCUGGAAAGUGAAGGAUUCUGUAUUAAACAAGAGGAAAAACCUACACUGUUUAGCAAACCAUAGGAAAAAAAAAUAUCUUUACUUCACGUAAAGCCGAGGUUUGCCUGGGGUGUCUUUUAUAUUCUACAAAUGAUGCUGAGCUCCAUUUGUAAAUAGUCCUCAUCUUUAAGGAAGUUUGUACAUUUUUCUGCAUUCACUGGCUAAUGCAAAAACCUUUUGAUUUUCUAAUUUUACUGUAAAUACUGUUUUCUUAUGCACUUUACUUUUAAUGGCCAACCUUAUAGGACAACUUGUUGAGAAGCAUUCUGAUGUGACCUGAUAUUGUCCUCACUGCUCUGUGAUACAAGUGCUGUUUAUUAAAUGUGCACUGUUUCUGAA